AUUUACAGAUAAUCCGGGUGGUCGUGGCGGACAGCAGACGCAGUUGAAAUCUACAGAACAGCGCACGUUUGAAAGGCAGUCCAAUCUAUCUUGCACUAAAACCUCAAAAGAACAAGAGUGUAAGGUGUAAGCUGCCAUAAUUAUAACCGAGCAGGAGCUAAAUCGGUCAGUUAGCUAUAGACUUCCUCCGCCUGUUUUGUUGUUGUUUUUUUGCAUAUCCACGGGGUUAGUGGUGAGGACUUUUCCCGUCGGAGGCCGCCGGUGUGGCGCUGUGAAUCUUCGCUCCAAUCACUGCGUCUUUCCUCCUGCACAAGAUUUACAGAAGAGGAUGAGUUUUUUAUUCGGGAGCCGCUCAUCUAAGACGUUCAAGCCGAAGAAGAACAUUCCGGAAGGUUCUCACCAGUAUGAGCUGUUGAAGCACGCUGAGGCGACCCUGGGAAGUGGAAACCUGCGCAUGGCUGUGAUGCUUCCCGAUGGGGAGGACCUGAAUGAGUGGGUCGCUGUCAACACGGUGGACUUCUUCAACCAGAUCAACAUGCUCUAUGGGACCAUUACAGACUUCUGCUCGGAAGACAGCUGUCCAGUCAUGUCUGCAGGACCCAAAUACGAGUACCACUGGGCUGACGGAACCAACAUCAAAAAGCCGAUCAAGUGCUCUGCUCCUAAAUACAUCGACUACUUGAUGACCUGGGUGCAGGACCAGCUCGACGACGAAACUCUCUUCCCAUCCAAAAUAGGUGUUCCCUUUCCUAAGAACUUCAUGUCGGUGGCCAAGACCAUCCUGAAGCGGCUGUUCCGGGUCUACGCCCACAUCUACCACCAGCACUUCGACUCCGUCAUGCAGCUGCAGGAGGAGGCGCACCUCAACACCUCCUUCAAGCACUUCAUCUUCUUCGUCCAGGAGUUUAACUUGAUUGACCGUAAGGAGCUCGCACCCCUCCAGGAGCUGAUUGAGAAACUGACAACCAAAGACAGAUAGAUUGAGGAACGAAGACGGAAGGAAGAGAGAGAGACCACUCUCUUUCUUUAUCACAGUCCUGCACCCCAUUAUGCUCUGUCUGGUCUCUCUCCUGCUCUGCACAAAUGACCUUCCCUGAUAUGUUCAUUAUAGCACAGACUAAACUACUGUUCACUGUUCGACAGGAGAUGCCAUUUUCUAACAGAAACCACACUAGCACAACAUUAAUGCCUAAGCUUAAAGGGGAGUUGGAUAGCUAUGCUAACUUGUCAACAUAUUUUUCUGCUCUUAACUAGACGGUAUUUUAAAACUAGGAAUUGUUUAAAGUUUUUCCGCUUGAUUUUAUUAUUUUGUUUCUCAAGCCUUUAAAUUUAGUUUUUUUUGUUGUGCAUUUUGAAUGGAUUGCCACCUUGUGGUUGCUUAAUGUAUUACACCAAUGUCUACUAGUAUGGCAUUGAGCCAAUGAAGUGACACGCUCGCUAUGAGGGUGUCGGGGUUUUCACUACGUGAUGCUGACUGCUAAAGGAUACUCUAUAGAUAAAUAUAUAAAGUCUGUUUUCCUAUGCAAUUAUUGUGCCAUUUUGCUUACCUCUUAAUGCUGAGUAAUUAUUAAUGGUCUAUAUUUUAGUCUCUCGCGCUUUGUGACAUCUUAUACCUUAGUUUUCCAGUAUAUUUGGCUACAGUAUGCGGUCGGUAACUUAACACUUGUCAUCGCAUUAGCGACCUGAACUUCAGUUGUAUUGUGUUCACUAGAUAAGUAUUGCUAAGUGUAGGUAGAUCAACUGAACUAACUCAGGAUAUUCUGGGCCACAGCACAUGUGACUUCAGUAGCCCCGCUGACUUCCUCAAUGACUGACUGACUGAUGUACUGAUGGCGCCUAUCGAUUUUUUCAUUGAUAUGCUUACCUGCCAAGUCAGGCCCUCUCUUGUCAGAUUCUGAAAUUGUAAUUCCUAAUGAGGAGUGGUUUGACCUCGACGGUUGCACAUGUAUGCUUUGGUCUGUUUUUCUCUCUUAAGUGUGUAGUUUUUUUUUUAGUUUUUUUUUUUUUUUAGUUUUUUUCCCACGCUUACUGACCAUUCUGGGUUUUACAGCUGAUCUAGAACCAUGGCACUCUUAACAUUAUUGCUUCCUGCCUUUAAAGUCCGUUUACUUUGGCGUUUUAAUUUCAGCUCCUUCAACUUCUUGAACAGUUCAACCUGAACGCGUAUCUUCUCCCCUCCCCCCCCCCCCCCCCCCCCCCAAAAAAAAACCACUGCAGCGAUUGUGCCAACUGUGCAUUGUUACAAAUAUUUAUAUGAAUAGCAAUGUUGCCACUGAGAGAGCUAUAUUUUCCCUGGGCUGUAUAAUAUUUAGGGCGUUUCUAUGUAUUGGAAUACAUCCGUGGUAGCUGGAAUGAGACUUUUACAAGAAAAGAAACAUUAAAACUGAUGUAUGUUUUACAGUAAUAAAAUCUGUAUAUCAGAAAGCAAAAGUAAUGUUUUUGUUUGAAUUAAAAGCUGAGUAAUUUGAUAA